AUGAAGCCACUACUCCGAACAGUGGUGGCGAUAUGCCUCCUGCUCGGCACACACGCGCACCCGGAGAACAUAGAGGAGGUGAAAGAGCUGCCGCCGGGCAAGGAGCCGGUGGUAGAAGCCGAGGAGUCGCAGCCACAGGCGAGGGUGGAACGAUGCUCGGCCUGCUCGUCCACCAUCAACCUUGCUAAAUCGCCCAAAGAAAUCGUCGCGGCACUCCAGUCCUUGCCAGCCGGCGAAGUGCACACUCAGCAGUCAUUCGAGGGCUGCUCCAGCAGCAAGGGGUGCGCCGGCAUCAAGCUGCAAGACGGCAAAGUCACCCAGAAGUUCGGCAACCUGAACGCCUUCGGUGGCAAUGACGCCUUCAAAGCGGCCUCCGCUUUCGGCAGCAACGUCCUCGGCGGGAAGAACACCAACGAGCCGUUCUGGUGGAUGGGCGCGAACUCGCCAUUCAAGAACGUCAAUUCCGAAAGCUUCCAGAGCAAGAGCUCCAGCUAUUCCAGCAGCGGAUCGUCUUCAGGAUUCGCUGCGCAGGACCUGUCCAAGAACGCAUUCCUUAACCCGAACGGCUUGAACGGGCAGGCCUCCUUCGAAUCGUCCAGCUACCAAAAGGAGUUCAAUGUCGCGAACAAUCCCUUCCUGAAUGGCAACAUCAACCGCGGCCAGGGCAACCAGGCCGCCCAGGGUUUCGCGUCCAACCAAAACUCGAACGCCUUCUCGAGCGCGUUCGGAAGCUCCCAAUCCUCGUACUCCGGCGGUUCGACAAGUUCCGACAAGUUCGCCGGUGUAGGCUACACGGGCUCAUCGCCCGCUCCGUUCGCUACCGCCACCGGUUCCGGAUCCAACGUCAACCUAAUCCAGACCGCGCAGAAGGAGUUCGACUUUGGACAGAGCCAGCAAACGAUCGGUGACGACAUAUUCGCCGGCAGCACGCCCGCCCCGGGUCUCGGUGUACAGGGUGAUCUGCAGCAGACUUGCGCCGGCCAGGGCAGCGCCUGCGUGCUCAAAGCCACGUGCGUAGGUGGCGCUGUGAACGCCGCUAACGUACCGCUUGCGAGCAUUCAGAAGCAAUACUGCAACACGCGAACCGAAACCUGCUGCAGACUGGUGUCUUCCAGUGUGGGCCAGGCCAAUCUCGGAAUUGGCUUCGACGCCGAAAGCCAGGGCUCAGGGCUGAUUUCCCACACGGCGACAUAUGACGCUCAGAACUCGUUCUCCCAGAGCGGCUUCGGUGUACAGAGCGGAUCUUCCAGCUACGACGCCAGCCAAUCUACGUUCGGCAGCACCAUUGGCUCGAAUGUGCCCGCCGUGACAGCCGUUCCCGCUGGCUCGACCGGCUCGUUCGGAGCGAGCGGUUCCAGUUCCGGCUCGUACGGCUCCACGUUACGCCCCGUGACCGGACAAAGCAGCUUCGGAACAGACUCUUUCUCGUCCCAGAGCGGGAACACUAACAUCUAUAGACCCGGCUCGGGGAGCUCUCUGAAACCUGGCAUCCCUUACCUGCCCCCAGUCGACAACACCAACAGCGGCAGUAACGUCGUCAGCUCGACUGCGUUCCCAUCAACUUUAGUCACUAGUCCACGCCCAUUCACCACGCCCCGUCCAGUUUCUUCUCCGCGUCCAUUCAAUACGCCACUUCCAGUUACCACUCCUCGCCCCCUCCCGAGUUCCAGGCCGACCUACCUUCCCCCGGUUUCCUCUACCUCUGCCCCUGGUUACUUACCACCGGUUGGCGAGCAGACGAUCAACAGGGAAACCUUUGUGCCCAGUCCUAAUUACAAUGAAGGUGGAAUCAUCCUCGACGAGUCAAGAUUCCCGUCGACCACUCGCCAGCCAAUCGUGCCCAUUCUGAAUGAAAUUCCUGCCGGAUGCGCCGCUGCUUUGAAAUGCACUCCCAUCGAAUUCUGCACUGCAGAUGGAAUCAUCUCCAACACAACCGUCGUACUCACCAGAGAUCAGAAUGCUUAUAGAGUACCUCUUACCGACUGCAGAGAUCUGGAGACGGGCCGCAUCGGCAAAUGCUGUCGCGACCCCUUCUACACCGACCCCUGGCCCACCAAUCAGCUGGGCCAAUGGGUGCCUGGUGUGUUCGGUGGCAACGAUGGAAAGUACGUGCCCGAUAGCCGGGUUAGCUCCAGUACAAGCCAGCAGGUCACCGGAACUCCCUUCAUCACUGGAAGCACGAUUCUGAAUAACUUUAGGACACCGAAACCAACUUUGCCAACUUUUACGGGUCAAGGUUCGGGAAUUAAAGAAGUGAAUGGUCGAGGGCAAAUCACUACGGGUGGUGUGGGUCAAUUUGGUCAGGGUGGUAUCGGUCAAGUAACCCAAACUGGAAUAGGGCAAACUGGUCAGGUCGGUGUCGGGCAAGUUGGAGUCGGCCAAAGAGGUCAAGUUGGAGUUGGUCAAGUAGGUCAAGCUGGAGCUGGCCAAAGAGGUCAGGUCGGCAUUGGUCAAACAGGCCAAGUUGGUGUUGGACAAAUUGGAAUCGGCCAAAGAGGUCAAGUCGGCGUUGGCCAAACAGGCGAAGUCGGUGUCGGACAAGUGGGCCAAGUUGGAUUCGGCCAAAGAGGUCAGGUCGGCGUUGGUCAAACAGGCCAAGUUGGUGUCGGACAAAUUGGAGUUGGCCAGAGAGGUCAAGGCGGCGUUGGUCAAAUAGGCCAGGUUGGGGUUGGCCAAAAAGGUCAAAUCGGUUUUAGUCAAACAGGUCAAUUUGGUGUAGGACAAAUUGGAAUCGGUCAAAGAGGUCAAGUCGGCGUUGGCCAAACAGGCGAAGUCGGUGUCGGACAAGUGGGCCAAGUUGGAUUCGGCCAAAGAGGUCAGGUCGGCGUUGGUCAAACAGGCCAAGUUGGUGUAGGACAAAUUGGAAUCGGCCAAAGAGGUCAAGUCGGCGUUGGCCAAACAGGUGAAGUCGGUGUCGGACAAGUGGGCCAAGUUGGAUUCGGCCAAAGAGGUCAGGUCGGCGUUGGUCAAACAGGCCAAGUUGGUGUAGGACAAAUUGGAAUCGGCCAAAGAGGUCAAGUCGGCGUUGGCCAAACAGGUGAAGUCGGUGUCGGACAAGUGGGCCAAGUUGGAUUCGGCCAAAGAGGUCAGGUCGGUGUUGGUCAAACAGGCCAAUUUGGUGUCGGACAAAUUGGAGUUGGCCAGAGAGGUCAAGGUGGCGUUGGUCAAAUAGGCCAGGUUGGAGUUGGGCAAAUAGGCCAAUUUGGAGUUGGUCAAACAGGCGAAACCGAAGUCGGACAAGCUGGCCAAUUUGGCAUUGGACAAAGAGGUGAAGUUGGCGUUGGACAAGUAGGUCAAGUUGGCGUAGGACAAAGAGGGCAAGUUGGUUUUGGCCAAACAGGCCAAGUCGGUGUGGGGCAAAUUGGCCAAGUUGGCGUUGGACAAAGAGGCCAAAUUGGUGUAGGUCAAAUAGGCCAAUUUGGUGUUGGUCAAAAAGGCGAAGCUGAAGAGGGGCAAAUUGGCCAAUUUGGCGUUGGACAGAGAAGCGAAGUCGGUAUAGGGCAAAAUGGUGAAAUUGGUGUUGGUCAGAUUGGAGUAACUGGCGUUGGAAAAUACGGCCAAUUUGGGGUCGGGCAAAGGGGCCAGGUUGGCAUUGGGCAAAUUGGUCAAGUGGGCGUUGGGCAACAAGGCCAAAUCGGCGUGGGCCUGGUUGGACAAACAGGCACUGGCCAAAUCGGUCAAACUGGUGUUGGAGCGAUCGACCGAGGAGGUCAAGGUCAGAUUGGAAUACGAGAGCAAACCGGCGGAAUCGGAGAAGUACAGGGUACCGGACAGCGCAACAAGUUUGGCUUUGUGUCGCAAGGCAUUACCCAGGUCGAAACCGGCACGGGACAGUACACCGAGAACGGUAUCGGCCAGAAGGUAGUCCAGGGUGGCGGAGUGGGCAUCAAGCAGGGCGUGGGUCUCGCGAUCUCCCAAGGAGUUGGGACCGCGGUGGAGAACGAAGUCAGCGCGUCCACUCGCAGGAUCUACUUGCAGCGUUACGAUGGUGCAGGGCAGUGCGGUAUCAAACAUCCCCAAAGACCCUACGGCAACCAUGACGAUCUGGAGGUAGACUUCGCCGAGAUUCCGUGGCAGGCUAUGGUGCUCCUGCAGACGAACAGAAGCCUUCUCUGCGGCGGUGUGAUAUCCAGGCCCGAUGUCGUCAUCACAUCUGCUGCCUGCGUUGAUGGAUUGGAAGCGAAGAACGUUCUAGUCAAAGGAGGCGAAUGGAAACUCGGCAUCGACGAAGAGCCGCUGCCUUUCCAGAUCGUUCAAGUCAAGACCAUCGUCUUCCACCCAGGCUACAAGCCCGGCAGCCUCAAGGACGAUGUUGCCAUACUCCACCUUGCCGAAAACCUGCGCUUCGCAAAUAAUAUUCAGCCCAUCUGCAUGCCCGACUCCAAGGACUCCAUUAAUGCCUUCUACAGCGGCGCUGGACAGUGCAUAGUUACCGGCUGGGGCAAGAUUGUUUUGCAAGCCCAUCUCGAAGGCAGCAUAAUGCACAGCGUGAACAUGUCCCUGGUCGAGCCGACGGAAUGCGAGUCCAGGCUACAGCAGGACUACCCCCACCUCCUGGACAACUACGACCAGGAGAGCUGCGCGUGCGGUCAGCCUAGCAACUCCGUUGACAACGUUUGCAAGGUUGACAUCGGGAGUGCCCUCGCAUGUACCACUGGUGAUGGAUACUUUGUGCUACAGGGCAUCUACUCCUGGGACUCAGGAUGCCAGAUCGGCAACCAGUUGGCGGCGUUCUACAAGUUCGACAUCGAGUGGUACGAGUGGGCCAUCGGGGUGAGCGAGAGCGUCCGCUACGAGGUGUACGGCCGCGGCACCAAGGUCACCACCACCAAGUACACCUCUGGCACGAAGGGGGUCUUCGGGCAGGGCCAGUACACGAAGUUCGGCGUCGGCCAAAUAGGCCAGGACGAGGCGGCAAACACCGGCAAGAUCACCACCGGCCAAUUCGGCGGCGGCCAGCUGUUCGGCCAGGGCGCGUUGGCCACGGCCAACUUCAGCCAGUUCGGCGGCGCGGGCUCCCUGGACAAGUUCACCAAGCUCGGCCAGGGCAACCUGAACCUCGGCGCCGACGUCAAGGGCCCGAUCUCGAACACGUUCAGCGCCACAUACACCGAGAAGAAGUUCUUCCAGACCGAGCCCAAGUACAUCACGUACACCACCAAGCCAGAGAUCGUGACGUACACAACGAAACCGGAGUACGUGACGUUCACGACGAAACCGGAGUACGUGACGUACACGACGAAACCGGAGUACGUGACGUACACGACGAAGCCCGAGAUAUUCACGUACACGACGAAACCGAAGAUAAUCACUUACACUACGAAACCGAAGAUAAUCACUUACACGACGAAACCGAAGAUCGUCACCUACACGACGAAGCCCCAGUUCAUAACGUACGAGACGUCCGGCAGCGGCACCAACCCCCAGUACGUGGCGCCUGGGGUCACCUUCAACCCGUCCUUCCAGGAGCUGGUCGCCCAGCACAAACACAGCGAGCAGUGCAAGUGUCUCGAGAACGGCAAGAAG